UGACUCGCCUUCUUUCAACAAAGACUCUUCUCCGCACACACAUACGUUUGUUAAAUCUAGCAGGCCUCGUAGAUCAUAAUUUAAUGGAGUGGUUAAACUAGUGGAACAUUUCAUAUACACCGACCCUAAAUCUUAGCUCAUCAAAAGAAACAAGAAAGCAAGCACAUUCACAUAGAGAAACUCACUUCAAUCCAGUCUGCUUUUGCUUGAUCACCAUUUUUGAAAGAUAUUUCAAAGUUUAGUAUGUUUGUGAGUAUGAUGAAGAUUAAAGCGUCCUCCAUAAAAGCAAAGAAUUUGAUCUUGAAGAUCUUAUGAAGGUUAGCCCCAGCUAGAUUAGUUGGGGGAAUAGUUGCUGCUAUAAUAGCAUUUCUCGUCGUACUUAUACUUAUGAUCUUACUAAGUGACACCCAUAUAUCAUAUCUAUCGACAAGUUCAAGAUGGAUAGUCAAUGCAAAAACAGGGAAACGGGUGAAAUUAGCUUGCGUAAAUUGGCCUGGUCACAUGUAUCCGAUGAUACCAGAGGGUCUCCACAAACAAUCUUUGAAGAACAUUACAGAGAGUAUUUCUCAGAUGGGUUUCAACUGCGUCCGUCUCACUUGGGCUACACAAAUGUUCACUCAUGAUUCAUACAACAAGCUUACGGUUGCAGAGUCACUUGACAAAUGGCGUUUGGUAGCAGCUAAAUUCAGUAUGCAUAAAAGCAACCCUCAGUUGAUGAACCUUACACUUGUUGAUGCACAGAAGGCUGUUAUUGAUGCACUUAGGGAGAAAAAUAUAAUGGUUGUGCUUGAUAACCAUGUCAGCCUUCCAAUAUGGUGCUGUGAUUGGAAUGACGGAAAUGGAUUCUUUAAGGACGAGUAUUUUGAUCCAAAAGAAUGGCUGCAGGGCUUAUCUAUCGUUUCUAGGCGGUAUAGAGGAAACCCUACGGUAGUGGCUAUGAGCAUUAGGAAUGAGUUGCGAGGUCCACGCCAAAAUGAGUAUGACUGGUACCGAUUUAUGGAGGCGGGUGCAAAUGCAGUCCACCUAGAGAAUCUAGAUGUUUUAGUUAUCGUCUCAGGCUUAUCAUUUGAAUCUGAUCUUAGCUUCUUGAAGAAACGAAGACUGAAUUUGGGAAUGAAUGUGAACAAAAAGUUAAUAUACGAGGCACACUGGUAUGAAUUUGGAAAUCCAUCGGAAAAAUGGAUCUUCCAGACAAAUGAGUUCUGUGCGGAUAUCACCCAAUGGUUUAUGAAUCAAACUGGGUUUUUGUUGACUGGCAAGAGCCCCACACCAUUAUUUUUAAGUGAAUUUGGUAAGGAUCAACGGGGAGUAAACGAAGCAGAGAACCGAUACUUUGCUUGCUUGAUGGCAUUUCUUGUGGAGAAGGAUCUUGAAUGGGCUUUGUGGGGUUUGCAAGGGAGCUAUAUGCUUAGAGAAGGUCACAUCGAAUGGGAGGAGCCGUAUGGCAUGUAUGAUUACUCCUGGGACAACCUACGGAAUUCCUCGAUGUUGCAGAAUCUACAACUUGGUCAACGGAUGAUUCAAGAUCCAACAUCGGAUCACAAAACAUACUACAUAAUGUAUCAUCCACAAACUGGCAGGUGUGUUCAUGUGGGCAAGCAUAACAUUACCACAUCGGAUUGUAAAAAGUUGAAUCGAUGGAGUUACAGUGGAGAUCGUGGUCCAAUUCAGCUACUCGGGACAUCCAGGUGUUUGACUGUUGAGGGCGACAAUCGUCCAGUAAACAUUACAAGUGAUUGUUCAAGCCAGAAGAGUAUGUGGAAAUUUGUUUCAAAAUCAAGAAUGCAUCUAUCUGCCAAAGAUGAUGAAGGAAGAGAUUUGUGUUUGGAAUUGGACUCUUCAAACUCAACCGUUGUUACAAAGAAGUGCUUGUGCUUGGGAGUAAAUUUGCAAGAUAUUCCGUGGUGCAAUGAGAAUCCCCAACGCCAAUGGUUUAAGCUUGUUCAAUCAAAUAUAUAAUGCUUAUGCAGCUAUGCUGCAUGUUUAUAUGUAUAGUACUUUUACAUGAAAAUCAACUAAUACAGCAACAAUUAAUUUCUGA